ACAAGUCAAACCACAACUGCAGCACUCAUACUGCCCUUAUCAUCUAGGACUGUAGCAUUAUACUCUAUUCUAUUAUUUUCUUUACUAACUAUGAAGCUAAGGGGUCACACAGUUGGGUGGUCUCUUUUCUUCCUGGCUGCUAUUAUUCCAGGUCUCCACCUCCAGAGAAAUGGCAGCUCCGUCCAGCCUGCCUCUGACUCUGAGCUGCCCUCUGAGGCUCAGAUCUACCAACCGGUCUUGCAGCCCUCUGAGGCCAUUCCUCCAAUAGGGACCUACAUGCUGAAAAACCUUGCUGGGAAACCCUGCAUCAAAGCCACCAUGGGAGUAGAGUACAUUGUCAUCGAAAAGAAGAAGACUUGGUAUUUCAGCCUGGACCCCUCCAGGGUCAGCACCAGUGGUUACUGUGGCAAAGAAACUGCUCUUCUCUCUCUCACACUGCCAGACAAUGCUGCCAGUCUGCAGGUCACCUUCAGGAAGGAAAAGAAUCUUUUCUAUGUUACCAAGCUGACUGUCCAUGUGUCUCCUCUUCCUGUCUGCCAAGGAUGUGCAAAUAAGACUUACUCGGGUUUGGUGGCCCAUGACAAGCUCUUCACAGCAGCCAAUGGGCAGAGCUUCAAGUGCAAAUCUGAGAAUCUGCUUCUGAUGUCGUCUGAGCUGCAGAUCAAGCUGGUUCCUCUGCAGAUGCAGGCCUUCACUCUGCCCAAAGGACAGUAUGGAAAAGAGGUGGAGUGUUGGGCCGACUAUAACAAGCGGGUUAUUCCCAUAAUCGUCGGGGCCACGGUGGUGUGUCUCAUUCUGAUUGCUGUGCUGACCUUCCUGUUCAUCAAAGACCGCCACAGACAAGGAUACGACAGGAUCUGAGCUUGUUGUGAAACUGGAUGGAGAUUUACCCCAUCUUAUAGAAUAUUUCAUACUGUUACAAAAAGUUCUCUCCUUAACCUGAAUGUAACUUUGUGCUCCUGGCAAAAGAGGUCUACUGUCUAAUAUUUAAACAAUACAUGUAAACAAUGUUGUUACAUUUAUUUAUUUAACUAUUCUUUCUUUGAUUUUUUCAUUAUUAUUUUCUAUCUUCCAGUCUCUUGGAACUACUUGCAUUUCAUUUCACUUUCCUUCUGCUUUCAGAGAUAACUUUUCUUUUCUGAUGUUUGUUGUAUAUAUAUAUAUAUAUAUAUAUAUAUAUAUAUAUAUAUAUAUAUAUAUAUAUAUAUAUAUAUAUAUAGCCCUUAAUUACACAAGCAAUAUAAAUGAACCAAAUUAUUGUAUAAUGUGAUUUAUCACAAUAUAACUCUUUAACCUACAUGGCAGGGAUACUGCAGAAUGAACAUCACAGUUAAUUAGUUCAAGUUUUGCAGCUUAGUCAGCCUUUAUCAGUCUGUAGUAUGUUGGCUAUAGUGAACUAUUUUGUUUUUAACUGCAAAAGUUAUACAUAACUCAAAAAUAUUAUAAUUUAGCUAUUAUAGUUGUUGAAUGCUUAAUUUGUCAACAUAUUUCUGUUUCAGAAUAUCUAUAUUGCUUUACAAGCAAUUUUUCUCGUUUGUAAAAUAAAAUGAGUUUUAUUUUA